ACUAAAACUAACCAAUAUGGAGAGCACAAAUAGUGAUCAUCACAAUGAAGAGGUAGCUAAUGUAGGGCAGCAACAACUCAAAGAUAAGAAAGUAUCAUGGGCAAAGCUAGGUCGUGUUGAUUCUCUCAACAUGGAAGCUGGAAAAGUUUCUUCAACUCAAGCAACACAUGCCUCUAAGGCUAAUUGGAAGACAAUAUUGAGUUUAGCAUUUCAGUCAGUAGGAGUUAUCUAUGGAGACAUAGGGACUUCUCCUCUCUAUGUGUUUUCAAGUGUUUUUUCUGAUAAAAUUGAACACAAGGAUGACAUUCUUGGUGUAUUUUCCCUCAUCAUAUAUACCAUAAUGCUUGUACCUAUGACUAAGUAUGUCUUCAUUGUCUUAUGGGCCAACGACAAUGGCGAUGGGGGAGCAUUUGCGUUGUAUUCCUUAUUGUGUCGAUAUGCAAAAGUGAGUCUGAUACCAAAUCAACAGCCAGAGGACAGAGAACUUUCACACUAUAGUUUGGACAUACCAUCCAAUCAUAUUAAAAGAGCUCAGAGGGUCAGACAGAGUUUGGAAAAGAGUAAAUUUGCCAAAAUUUUUCUUGUCUUUCUUGCCAUUCUUGGAACAUCUAUGGUCAUUGGUGAUGGAGUUCUCACUCCUUGUAUUUCAGUGCUCUCUGCCGUAAGUGGAAUAAAGCCCCUAGGCCAAGACGCUAUUAUGGGUAUUUCCAUAGCAAUAUUGAUAGUCCUUUUCAGUGUUCAACGUUUGGGUACAGACAAGGUUGGAUAUACAUUUGCUCCAGCCAUAUGCAUUUGGUUUUUGUUCAUAAGUGGCAUUGGUCUCUACAACUUGUUCAAGUAUGAUGUGACCGUCUUACGUGCCUUUAAUCCCAUGUAUAUUAUUCACUACUUCAAAAGAAACGGUAAAAAGGGAUGGAUUUCUCUUGGCGGAGUUUUCCUUUGCAUUACAGGAUCCGAAGCUAUGUUUGCUGAUUUAGGUCACUUCAGUGUGCGUUCUAUUCAAAUAAGCUUCAGUUGUCUUGUAUUUCCAGCUUUACUCUCAGCUUACUGUGGCCAAGCUGCAUAUCUAACAAAAUUCCCUGAAAAUGUGGAGAACACUUUCUAUGCCUCUAUUCCAGGUCCACUUUACUGGCCAACAUUUGUAGUGGCUGUUGCUGCAGCCAUUAUUGCAAGUCAAGCGAUGAUUUCUGGAGCUUUUUCUAUUGUUGCUCAAGCACAAAGCGUAGGUUGUUUCCCAAGGGUGAAGGUAAUUCACACAUCAACCAAACAUGGCGGUCAAGUAUACAUCCCGGAACUCAAUUACUUCCUCAUGAUUGCUUGUGUUUUAGUUACUUUUAGCUUCAAAACAACCGAAAAAUUGGGACAUGCUUAUGGUAUUGCUGUCGUUAGUGCUGAAAUCAUAACGACACAUAUGGUUACAUUAGUAAUGCUUGUUAUAUGGAAGACGAGAAUAUGGUGGAUUACCUUAUUCUACGCGGUGUACCUUACCGUUGAAUCAACAUAUUUCUCUGCUCAGCUCACAAAAUUCACUCAAGGUGGUUAUCUACCCAUCGUAUUCUCAAUCGUGCUUGUGAUCAUUAUGGGAACUUGGCAUUAUGUUCAAAAACUUCGAUACCAAUUCGAGCUCAACAACAAGGUUUCGAGUGAGUACAUUAGGGAUUUGUCUGAUAAUCCAGACAUCAAAAGAAUACCAGGAAUUGGACUACUAUACUCUGAAUUAGUACAGGGGAUUCCACCUAUUUUCCCUCAUUUUGUCUCCAAUAUUCCCUCUGUUCACUCUGUUAUCGUUCUCGUGUCAAUCAAAUCAAUACCUAUAAGUAAAGUAGCACUACAAGAACGUUUCUUGUUCCGUCAUGUUGAGCCUAGAGAGUACAAGGUAUUCAGAUGUGUAGUCAGAUUAGGCUACAAAGAUCAACUUGGUGACACAAUGGAUUUUGAAAAUCAACUAGUUGAACAAUUAAACAAAUUCGUAAGACACGAGCAUUACAUUCUUGAAGCACAUGAACAAGUCGUGAAUAGAGAAAAAACAUCCAGGGUUCACAUAGAGGAAGAUAUGCAACAACAACAACAAGUGGAUUCUACAACAUCACCGUCAACGCGUUCCAUUCAAUCUAAUCGUUCAUCGAGUAGAAUACAAAUGUUGCAUCCAAAUGCUUCAGGACAAGAAGAGAUACAAUUUAUCGAAAAAGCUAAGGAUCAAGGAGUGUUCUAUCUAUUGGCAGAAGCAGAGGUGAUUGCUAAACAAGAUUCGUCGUUCGUGAAGAAAGGUUUUAUCAAUUAUGGUUAUAAUUUCUUGCGCAAGAAUUUCAGGCAAGGGGAGAAAGUUAUGGCCAUUCCUCAGACAAGGCUUCUAAGGGUUGGAAUGACUUAUGAGCUAUAAUAAACAAGGUGAAUAAUAUUAUGAUUUCUGCGUUUUGUGUAUGUUUUACCUUUUUCCAUCCUUUAAUAAAGUGUGCAAGCUAAUUUAAGCUUGAGUAAUGUAAAUGUACCCUAUUAAAUGUACCUUGGGCGUAACUCCAGAAGUUAGGUAAUCGACCUUACAUGUAUUAUUCUCUCUGUCUAAUUCAAAUGAUCUAAUGUGUACAUCUCUA